AUGUAUGACAAAUGUGGAGCUGAUUUCAGUGAACAAGAAUAUCAAGGCGCACAAGUUGCCAAGAAAAUUGAUCGGAAAACGAUUGAUCUUCUCUGUAUAAUCUACGUAUGUUUAUGUAUAUGUUCAAUGAUUAUUUUGAUUAUUUUUCUUGAUCAGCGACGUACAGCAUCUCAUGAAAAAAUUUCGGUUAUGGUUCGUAAGUCUUUAAAAUUGCUCAUAUCAACAAUCAAACAUAUGCGUGAAAUCAAUCAACUUCUUCUCAUUCCAUUAACUAUAUGGUCAGGUCUGGAACAAACCUUUCUUUUUACUCAAUUUACUAAAGCUUUUAUUUCAUGUACCUUCAAUCCCAAAUAUGUCGGUCUUAUAUUGAUAGCUUAUGGUUUAUGUGAUUCUAUUAGCAGUUUUGUUUUUGGUCAACUCGUGAAACAUGUCGGACGUUGGUCAUGCUUUGCCAUUGCUACACUUAUUAGCUAUUCGCUAAUAAUUACCAUGCUUGUUUGGCAUCCUUCUAGUGAUCAAAUAGUUAUUCUUUUUAUUAUAGCUGGUCUCUGGGGUGUAGCUGAUGCCGUUUGGCAAACACAAACGAAUGCUUUCUAUGGUGUUUUAUUUGUUGACAACAGCGAAGCAGGUUUUUCAAACUAUCGUCUCUGGGAGUCAGUUGGAUUCGCUUUCUUUUAUAUUAUCACACCUUACAUACGCAUUCGAUCUAUACUUAUUAUUCUCCUUGUAUUUCUUUCGACGGGCAUUAGCGGUUAUGCAUUGAUCGAGUAUCGAUGUCGUAUAAAUGAAAAAAAAGAAAAGAAUACCAAGAACAAUCAAAUGUCACAACUGUGA